AUGUUUCAGACUCCUCCCGAUCUCAAUAUGCCGUUUAAGAGAUAUGUGGAGAUCGGGAAGGUAGCUCUUGUCAACUAUGGUAAACACUACAGGAAGCUCAGUGUCAUCGUCAAUGUCAUCGACCAGAAUCGAGCUACAAUCGGGACCCCUGAGAUGGCAACGGGCAAAGAAGGCUAUCGAAAAAAGAUCAAGGUGGUUGUCAUGAUGAGAAUUUUUGCUAGGAAAAUAAGUACUGGAGAAUUUCGCCAAGCUUAUUUCUAUUAUGAAUCUGGUAAGGAAGGUGAACUGAAGAUCCUACGCAAAUCUUGGGAAAAGCAAUUUAAGGAAUGCGUAAAGCAGUUUGCAGAUCAGUUAGCCCAAAGUAAGCAGCAAAUUUUGAAAAGGGAAGUAAAAAGGUUUAGAGAGGAUAUGACGGCAAUUGAGGCAAAGUAUGAAGAAUAG